CGGCGGUGGCAGUAACAGCAGCAGCAGCAAUUACAGCAGCAGCAGCCGCAGCUCCAGCCACAGCAGGAGAAGUCGGGCUCUGGGCACAAAGCCGCCCUGCUCUGAGAGAAGCUCCCUGCAGACACCGGGGCAGCCAGCCUGCCGGGGCCCGGGGGGCCGAGGCACUCCGGCCGGUGCCCCCUGAGACACCGAGCUCCCGACGCCGGCUGGGCGCGCUCCGUGUCUCCCGGGCUGCCCGCGUACGCGCGCUGACCGCCCCAGACGGACCAGCAGACAGAUGUUCCUUUCCCGCCGCUGCUGAGGCUCCCAACUUCUCCAAGUGCUCCGCAACUCCGGGGCGGCCCCUGCUUCCCGAGAGCCUGGGAGCGCUCGCUCUCUCCCUCCCUGCGCGCUACCGCGGUCAGUGCAGGGAGGAUUCGCCCUCCGGGGCUCAGGCUUCCAGACCCCCUCCUCCCGGCCACCCAGCGGGGCGCGGCUGCCGAGAGUUGGGGCUUUGCUCGCAGACUCGCUGAACUGAAGAUUGGCCCGCACUUUGGCGAUAACGAGAUUCAUAUGCAUUUUAUGGAGCUCUUGCUCUCCAGCAGCAGUAGAACAGGCAGGCUCCGAUCGAGGGAGUGAAUCUGAAUUGUUUGCCUAGUCUCUGGGAAAGGGGGUAGACACUCCCAUGAGGUAACCCUGGCCUGUGACUGGCCUCUUCUCCCUCUUGGUGAAGCAAUGGGCCAGAAAAUCUCAGGGAGCAUCAAAUCUGUGGAUGUCCGAGAGCCCCCUUACCAAUCGGUGAAACGAGACCUGAGGGGUCCCGACUUCUGCCGGCCAGCCCGCCUGGACCUGCUGUUGGAUAUGCCCCCAGCCCGGCCGGAGGUCCAGCACCAGCACGCCUGGAAUCCCGAGGACCGCUCGCUGAAUAUUUUUGUGAAAGAAGAUGACCGGCUGACCUUCCACCGGCACCCAGUGGCCCAGAGCACGGACUGUAUCCGGGGGAAGGUGGGCCAUGCCCGAGGCCUGCACGUGUGGCAGAUCCACUGGCCUACACGGCAGAGAGGAACCCACGCCGUGGUGGGGGUGGCCACUGCCGAGGCCCCGCUGCAUUCGGUGGGCUACACGGCACUCGUCGGCAGUAACAGUGAGUCCUGGGGCUGGGAUCUAGGGCGCAACAGACUCUACCAUAACUGUAAGAACCAACCUGGAGUGACCUACCCUGCCUUCUUAGAGCCAGAUGAGGCUUUUGUGCUUCCAGAUUCUCUGCUCGUAGUUCUGGACAUGGACGAGGGCACGCUCAGCUUCAUUGUGGAUGGACAGUACCUUGGUGUGGCCUUCCGGGGGCUGAAGGGGAAAAAGCUCUACCCAGUAGUGAGUGCUGUUUGGGGCCACUGUGAGAUCACAAUGAGAUACAUUAAUGGACUUGAUCCGGAGCCCCUGCCCCUAAUGGACCUGUGCCGAAGAUCAAUUCGAUUUGCCCUCAGUCGAGAACGCCUGCAUGAAAUAGAAUCUCUGCCUUUGCCUCAGUCUCUGAAAAACUAUCUCCAGUACCAAUAAGAAGCCUGAAGCCCUUCUGGACUCAAAAUAGACUAAAGCAAUGCACCCGGCACAAUGAAUUGUUUACAUCAGAAGCAAAGUCUCAGCGGACACUUGACCAUAAUUUAAUUUUUAAAAAAUAGAUAAAUAUAUAUAUAUAUGUAUGUAUGUAUGUAUAUAUGUGGGGCAUUCCCCGCCCUCUUUAAUCUGUUCAACAGGACAGUGUGGGAGCUGUUAGAUAAUGUGAACAAUUGGGAUUUGUUACUGAUUUUGGAAAUAAAUGUCAAUUGCCAAUAGUAUUUGCCAUCCUCAAAGGUGACCUCUAAAGCUGGACACCUCAAUAGGGAACUUAGCGAAAUCAGUUAGCUCUCUGCCUUGAGGCUUUGCCCACCCAACCAAGACAGGGAUGCUAUCAGUAUAUUGAUUAAAAAGCAUAUUUUUAAUUCAAAAGAAUGAAUAAAACAUUUGGGUAGAAGACUUUCUAUCCUGUGCCCUGGUUUCAAAUAUAUUGAGGGUGAUUGUAUAGAGUGGGAACAAAAAAAAAGAAAAACAAUUGCCUUUGAAUAAUGGAUGAUGAAAGCAGCUAAGUGCCAGUGUUGUAGUUAUUUCCAAGCCCAGGCCAAUUUCUUCCCAACUUUGCAUAAUUUGUAAGGAGGACUGGUGGUCACCAUUUAGAGGCUGGAGUUCAGUCUUUCUCAAGGGAUCUAAAGGACUAGCGCUCAAUAAAAUCAUUAGGGUGGCAAAUUAUUUUGGCAGCCCUCCCCCCUUAUAUUUUCCCUUUAUUUCUCCCUAUUGAACCACACUUCCCCUAUUUAAAUACAGUCCCCUACUCACCUCUUCUCUAGCAAUCCCUAUCAGAUCAGUCAGAGAGGAAAGAGCUCAUCCUCAUUUUAUUCCUCCACCUGGGGGAGUUGGAUUUUUAAAAGUAGCCUGAGUAGGGUAAUGCUGAACUGAAAGGAAAAAAUGGAAUUUCAAGCUUGACAGCUGUUUCGGUUGAUAUUUGGAGGUAAGAGUAGGAAGAUGGGCCUUUUCCAUAACUCUCAAAUCACACCCCCGAGGCAGGUGAUCUGCCAACUUAAACAUAGAGCCAGCCUUGUAUCUUUAUUAUUAAAAGUAUUAUUUUCAUUUUAUGUGAAUUCUAAAUUCUCAGCCCCCAAUUUCUAACAUGUGCUCUAUUGUUUAUCUGUUUGGGAACUUUGGGCCCCUUGUAACUAGAAUGGUGGAAUGUUUAAGGUAUCAUCCUUCAUUUUCCAAGC